CGUCAAUUAUUCUGCGACACAAGUACCGUGCAUGUAGCAUGUAGCAGCUGCAGAUUCAAGCGACUUUUCUGGAUCUUGCUGCUUGCAACGAGAUUAAAACGAUAAUGCGACGUUCACUGACGACCCUAUGACGAUGUGACAGCCAGCCGUGUCUCGGUGGUGUUGUUGCGGAGCAGUGCAUGUCCCAUCCGCAGGAGGUGGAGGAGGGCAGGCGGAGGGUCUGAGCUCUGUGUCGGUGUCCGGGAUGGAGACCUGGACCCCCAAUCCCCGAGCUAAGCCUUUUAUCCCCCGCCAGCAAAGAAGCCUGUACCUCACCUGGAAGUACAAAUUAACCAACAAGAGGACGAUCCGUCGGUUCUGUCAGGCUGGCGCUGUGUUGUUUCUGCUGAUAACAGUCAUAGUCAACAUUAAACUCAUCUUGGAUACAAGAAGAGUAGCGAACGAGGAUGCAGCAGCUCAAGAAUAUGAGGACACAAUACCCAACAUGGAGACACCACGCAGGCCGGCUAAUGGACGCAAGGUCCUGGACAUUGAAGUGUACUCCAGCCGCUCCAAGGUCUACGUGGCAGUGGACGGCACCACUGUGUUGGAGGACGAUAUGCGGGAGCAGGGCAGAGGCAUUCAUGUGAUUGUUCUCAACCAGGCAACUGGUCAUGUCAUGGCCAAGAGGAUAUUUGACACCUACUCUCCCCACGAGGACGAAGCCAUGAUCCUCUUCCUCAACAUGGUGACCCGGGGCCGAGUCCUCAUCUUCACCAUAAAGGAUGAGGGCACGUUCCACCUGAAGGAUGCUGCUAAGAACCUGCUGAAGAGUCUGGGCAGCCAGGUGUCCCUGAACCUCAGCUGGAGGGACAUGUGGACUCUGGUGGUGAAGAAAGGAGGUCAGGUGUAUGGAGAAAAGCACUCAAAGUCUCCAGCUCUGUCCACCUGGGGAGACCCGGUGUUGCUGAAGACUGAGGUGCAGCUCACUGCCUCUGAAGAGGCAGAGUGCCACUGGGCAGACACCGAGCUCAACAGGAGGAGAAAGCUCUUCUGCAGCAAAGUGGAAGGAUACGGCAGCAUCUGCAGCUGCAAAGACCCGGCGCCCAUCGAGUUCAACCCUGACCCUCUGCCCAACAAUAAUGUUAUCAAUGUCCCAGUGGCUGUCAUAGCAGGGAACAGACCCAACUAUCUCUACAGGAUGCUGAGGUCGCUUCUUUCAGCUCACGGCGUCAACCCGCAGAUGAUCACUGUCUUCAUCGAUGGAUAUUAUGAGGAGCCUAUGGAUGUCGUAGAGCUGUUUGGACUGAAGGGAGUUCAGCACACACCAAUCAGCAUCAAGAAUGCCAGAGUGUCCCAGCACUACAAGGCGAGUCUGACUGCAACCUUCAACCUUCAUCCAGAGGCCAAUUUUGCCAUCGUCCUUGAAGAAGACCUGGAUAUCUCCAUUGACUUCUUCAGUUUUCUGAGUCAAACCAUCCACCUGUUGGAUGAGGAUGACAGCCUGUACUGUAUCUCAGCCUGGAAUGACCAGGGCUAUGAGCACACAGCAGAAGACCCAGCCCUGCUGUACAGGGUAGAGAGUAUGCCCGGCCUGGGCUGGGUGCUAAAGAAGAGCCUCUACAAGGAUGAGCUGGAGCCAAAGUGGCCAACACCUGAGAAGCUGUGGGACUGGGACAUGUGGAUGCGAAUGCCGGAGCAGAGGAAAGGCAGAGAGUGCAUCAUCCCCGACGUGUCCCGCUCGUACCACUUCGGCAUCAUCGGCCUCAACAUGAAUGGAUACUUCCAUGAGGUAUAUUUCAAGAAACACAAGUUCAACACUGUUCCAAAUGUGCAGCUGAAAAGCGUCGACAGUUUAAAGAAAGACGCUUAUGAAGUGGAGAUCCAGAACCUGCUGAAGGAAGCAGAGGUGCUGGACCACACUAAGAACCCAUGUGAGGACUCGUUCCUGCCAGACUCUGAGGGGAAGACCUAUGUCAUGUUCAUUAAGAUGGAGACAGAGACAGACACAUCCACCUGGACAGAGCUCGCCAAGUGCCUCCAUGUUUGGGACCUGGAUGUUCGGGGAUACCACAGAGGCCUGUGGCGGCUCUUCAGAAAACGUAAUCAUGUCCUGGUGGUGGCUGUGCCAAUCUCCCCAUACUCUGUGAAGAAACCAGCCAGUGUCACUCCCAUUCACUUAGAGCCUCCGCCCAAAGAAGAGGGAGCACCGGUGGAGCAGUUAUAGACAUGAUGUCACACGCACACACACGCACACACAAACAUACUUCAACCAGUCCAGGCCUUUACUCGUCUUCACCAACAACCACUAAUAAUCCAGCCUGGGACUCACAACUACAAAACUGACUUUUCUCAAAGGUUGAACUUGUGUACGAGAGGGUACCUGGGAAAUGGAGUCAAAUUUUUGUCUUUCUUACUUUUAAACAAAAGAGGGAUUAACACUACAAACUGCACUACUAAAUCCGUCCAAAAGCUUGAGGAGGAACUGUGAUGCUAAACCCUGUUUUGAACAAUCAAAACAGUAUAUGACUGUCAACAGCUGUCUGUUUCUGUUUCCGUGACAACUGUGGGCUGAACCUACGGUUGGUUACAUUUCAAUUCAAGCUGAGACUUUUCGGCAAGAAUGGUACAAACACUACAAACGCACACUCACCUAUUUCAGCCAGUUUUUCCCUUUAGUUUGUCGUGUUUUUUGACUACUGAGUGAGUUGUUCAUUUUGUAUAUACAUUUUAACUUAUCUCUAUUUAUUUUACAUCUGUCAAUCAAAAAGGACUUUGUUUGGGGUUUGUUGCAUUUUUUUUUAGAUCCACUUUUAUCAAGAUCAGUGCAUUUUUUAAGAGCCUAACGUUUACAGAUAAUGAAAUAAUAAUGUAUAUACAUGCCUAUAUAUUUUUUGAUGAAAAAUUAAAAGGGUCAGCAUAUUUUUCAGCGUUAAAUAUUGAGUUUGAGUGAAAGAGUUGAUAACAGCCCUGUGGGUUUUUGCUAUUAUUGACUGCUUGGGUCAGUUGCUUCGGAUCAGGUUUCAUGAGAGGAUCUCAGUGGUGGCUGAAAGAAACAAAAAAUGAAAAUAUGAACAGGACUUCACAGUGCACACUGCAUUUAGAAGCAAUCUAAUACAAUAUUCCUAUUUUGAUUGUGCCACAGUGAUGCUUACAAACAGAAACAGAAAAAAGACCUCUUUGUUUUCAGUUCUUAAUUUUAAAUUCUAAAAACAAAAAUCCAGUUUUUGAUGUGACAAAGGCAAAAUAUCGUGUCAAAAAAUGUACUAAAGUUGGUUACCAUGGUAAGUAUUGUGUUGGUGCUGGAUUUAAAAGUUUGUGUUAGCACCAGCAUAGAAAAUGUUCAAACAAUACUAAGCCCUUUACUCAGACAUUUACACUACAAAUUGAAAGUGGAAAAUCUAAAAAAAUCUAAACAAAAAUGAUGAUAAUAAAAAAAGUAUAUUAAAUUCUGUUGAUAAUUUUAGUUCCCCGGUGAAAUUUUAGUUACAUUUUCUUGCUUCAUUAAUUGCCUUUUUGAUUUAGAAAUGCUUAUUCGUAUAGGAAGCGAUAAAAAAAUGUACUUGUCAGUCUCGCAAGAUACUGUUCAUUUUAAUUGCGUGUCGAGCUGUCUGUUUUUUAUUUGCAUGAUGUUCCUCAAUGCAGCGUAUGUUUCAAAUCAAUGAAAAAUUACCUUGUUCUCCCAGUGUGCAGAAUUUUGGCCUCUCUCAGCCACCAUCGCAGCUGGAGGCUCCAAUGCUUGAACAGAAAGUAGCAGUUCAUACACUCUUCAUCUAGACAGAAUACAGAAAGCCCAUCUGCAUAUUUAAAGGCUACAGGUAAUGGGUUAUAAAUAUUGAAAUAUGAAGGAGCAACAUCACAGAGGAGACAGGCAGAUAUUUAAGGGGUCCGAAUGUAUUUACCUUUUUUUUUUUUUUUGCGUCCUACAAAUGGAGUGGGAAUGUUGGGAGGUAUGAUCUAAAAUAUCAUCAGCCAUUUGUAAACAACCAAAUCUAUAUUAGAGAUGUGACUUUAAAACUAUAAAAAUCUUUACACAGAAGAUGAGGGAGAAUGUAUUUUUUUUUUUUUUUUUACCUCAUUGCGACAUCUGAUUUUUAUGAGAUAAAUUAUGAUUAUGUGGCUCUCUUGAGAUUUGGCUCUUGUAUUAUGAGACCCUAAGUCAUAGUUGAUUGACAACGCCUCCAGUGUUCUUUGAUGAAUGCAAUAUGUUCUGUACAAUUAAGAUCAACAACGCUAAAAUUAUGUUGUACAACAUGGACUAAUUAUUUCUCUCUGCAGUUUAUCAAGAAAGCAGAGUCAGUAUUAUUAACAAAAUACUAAGCCAUUUAUAAACACCUAAUAAGCAGUUUAUAACACUAUAAUGUAGCUAUAAGCAAACAAAAAUUAGUGUACCAGUGUGUCAGCAAUUAAACCCCCCCCCCCUUAUGAAGCAUCACUAACGGUCAGCGAUACUGUGCAAUUGUAGCCCAGGAGACUAUGUGCAGAGGGUCUGAGUACCAAGCUGCGCACCUCAAGAUUUUGUGACAGUACAGGCGGCAGUUCAGUUGGUUAGAUGCAUGAGAAAAAGGUCUUUGGUAAACAAAAGCUUAACAGACUUUCAUGUUUUGUUCUACGACAUAAAAUACGUCAGUAAAUAUCCUCUAUCUUGGAUUUUGAAACUUCUUUAAAAAGGCAAUUGCCAACAAUUCAUCACAUGGAACAUGACUUUGUUGUAGUUGUUGUUGUAGUUCGUUCAUAGCCAAAUAAUAUCUUUGUACUUCUGGCGAUUGCACUUAAACCUAAAAAAAUCAAAAGUGCUGUUAAUUUGUAUAGAUUAUCUUGGUGAACAAAGCGUGUAAGUAUCCCAAACUUUUGUUUGCCACAGAGUUUAUUUUUUGCAGUAAUCCAAACCCCAGUUGAAAAAUCUCAAAGACUUUUUGGCGAGGGAACCAGAGUGAUUCUAACUUGCAUGUUGACCUACUAACAAAAUUGUCAAUCCUGUAGCAACAUCAACUGUAUAUAAAGAUGGACAUGGACUUGGAAUUUUGAGUUUGGCCCAUGUCCUGUCCGCUAACAUCGUGGGGGCGAAGUGUUUGACGUAUACGGCAGCCAGCCACCAGGGGGACAUAUUUUAGCUUCACUUUUGGGGAGUUCUCACAUCGUCCAUCUUUAUAUACAGUCUAUGUGCAGCACUAUAUACGCUGAUGCAAAUACUCUUUCUUAGGAAUGCAGUGCUAAUGUUAGGAAGCAUCUAAGUAAGUAAGUAGGAAAGAAGUAACUAGCUUUUACAUUCUGAGUGGACAUCAGCUAGCCUAGUUUGCUAGCUUCCAGCUACUUGACAAAUAAAAAAAACAAAAUUAGCAGCAUGGUGGUCUUCUUGACUAAUGAAUGUUAUAAAGGGGACAGAGCUCUGGAACUGCUAAGGUACAUAAUCAAGGUAAUUUAAGCCAAGUAGGGAAAAAAAACUAUAUCAGUGUUUAUAGGCUGCCUGAGGUUAUGACAGUUUCAGCCGGUAACACACCACAGAAGCUGACAUCUUUAAACUCUCACUGACACACUUAUUUCUGCUUAUAACUACAUAAUAGUGUUAUUUUCUUAAUAUACUAUUUAUGAAUUUUAUUCUUUCAGUGCUCAUCCCAAUUGUGUUCUGACCAGUUUUUUUUCUUUUCUCUGGCUUUUAAGUGAUUUUAAGCUGGUGUAACACUGUACCGACUAAACGAAUGAGUGUAUCACGUUUCAACGCAUCGAUCAGUAUUUGCAGAGUGGUUUGAUUUUAAUGUGUGUAUUGUGUGUUCAGAAAACCACAUAUUUACUAUCUGCAGUAAGAGAAUCCUGUUAGACAGAACCAUUUAUUCAGCAGUAUUACAACCUGUGUCGUGACUCAGUUAAUGUCCAUGUGUGUCCUGGAAAUUUCAUUUUGGUUUCAAGAAAAUGAACAAGUAGAAUCUGCCCACUUUCUAAUAUACUUUUUUCAUUUUUGUCUUUUCAUUUAACUGGUUUUUAUAGUGGUGCGUAUGCUUCCCUUUCAUGAAUGGAGGGGAUCCAACUAAAUCAGUCUCCUCAGCAAUACUGUUGAUUUUGUGUGAUGCUGUGGGAUGAUUUGGAAAAACUGGAAGGUACUUUGUAUGUGUGAUGUUGAGGAUCCAUGGACGUACUGUAAGUUUCUGAUGCAUUUGACAUAUGUAUGAGUUCCUUUAUCUUUUAUCAUGGAAAUAAAUAAAGAUGUUUUUUACCGAGGUUUCUUA